AUGGAGGCUGACCAAACGCCCCCGAAGCCGGCCAAGAAGCGAGUGCGGAAGCCCCGUGGCCGUGGGCUACGAACCAAGACUGGCUGUACACCUCACCCAACAUUCCAAGAUCUCCCAUGUCUUUUGAAAGUAGCACAUCCCAUUGACAUAGACGUCCGUCUCUUUACACUUCUUGCAGUGCCCAUCUGUGGACCGUGUAUCGUUUCAAAUCGCGAGUGCACGUAUCCCGAAGAUGUCGAGGCGUUGCGCGCUCAGCCCUCAACAGCGAGCGCGAGCCCUUCACAUCCAGAGGCUGAGGCCUCAAAUAGCAACCAACCUAAUCACCAUCCUCAACAUCAUCCUCAAGCCCAACUGGCGCAUCAUCCGCAGCAACACCACCUGCUCAACCAGGUUCUCCAUCAUGGCGGCAUCCCGACCCUGGAAGAUGGCGCGGGGCCUCGCCUUCCCGCUGCCUCCAUGGCACCGGGGAUGAGCUAUACGCCCAAUGCGCCCUCCAACCCACAGGCACGCGACAUCGUCGACCCGGCCCUCGUGGGCAUGUACCCGGACGCCAGGUUCAAAACAGCCGCGCCUCCGCAGGCGCAGUACCACCUGCAAGGAUCCUAUGCCGCAGGUCCUGCUGAUCAUUCCCAGUACGCGCCUUCUCCCGAUACGGCCGCGUCGAGCGACCUCGUUGACCUUGCGAGUUUCAGAUGGUUCGACCUGCUUGCCACAGAUGCGGCGCAGCAGGGCCCUGACGGCCGCUUUAGCCUCUCCCAGGGCGCCCCGAGCGACGGCGAUACCAGCAGCCUGCACCUCCCGGACGGGCUGGGCUCGGCAUCGAGGCCGUACGAAGAUCACCCUUCUGCCCGGCUCGCGGCGAAUCUCGUCGACCUGUCGAUACCCGACCGAAACAGCUAUCCACCCGCUGCCGAGAUCAAGCUGAGUGCGCACGAAGCAGCGCUCUUGAGGAACUUCGCCGAGAAGACUGCAUCCAUGCUCGACGUCUUUGACCCCCAGAAGCACUUCUCCACAUACGUGACGCGCCUCGCCAUGCGCAACCAGGGCCUCAUGCAGGCCAUCCUCGCCUUCUCGGCGCGCUACUCGCAGAUCGCGGCCACGACGAGGGCCGGGUCCAACCCAGCGCUUGGCCUCGAGCCGCUGGCCGACCCCAGCGAGGCGAUCCAGCACUACAACGAAGGGCUGAACCACCUGCACACGGCGCUGCGGCUCGGCUCGACCAAGAGCGAGGAGCUGCUGUCGAUGGCGCUCGUCAUCAGCACCUACGAGAUGCUCGAGACGGGCAUCAACCACAACCCCAACUCGAACUGGCAGCGGCACCUCGAGGGCGUCUUCUCGCUGCAGCACGCGCGCAACGUCAACGGCGAGUCGGGCGGCCUGCGCGGCGCCGCCUGGUGGGCCUGGCUGCGGCAGGACCUCUGGGCCGCGUUCCGCGAGCGGCGCAAGUGCUUCAGCACCUGGCGGCCCACGGUCGACUACCCGGACCUGCGGCAGAGCGACAUGCCGGACCGCGCCAUCUACCUGCUCAGCCUGGCCGUCGACUACUGCGCGGAGCCGAGCCCGAACCCGCAGGUCGAGCCCGACAAGGCAGCCAAGUCGGCGCGCCGCGCUGCCGAGCUCAUGGACAUGCUCGAGCGGUGGAAGAGCUUCCUCGGUGACGCGUACAAGGCGCUGCCCACGGCCAACCGCGCCGCCAUCCACGGCUGGACCCCGACCUGGGUGCACCCGCCGGAAUACGGCGUUGCGCUGCAGGUGUACAGCUUCGCUAAGAUCCUGAUCUGCAUGCGCCGGCCGGUCGUCAACGAGUUUAAUGACUACAUAAUCGCCGAAGCUGUCGCCACGAUUUGCGGCAUUGCUAUGGAGCUCACCGACCUGAGCUGCCAGGUCAUAUCCUCGCAAUGCCUGUUCGCGGCCGGACUGUGUGUCCAGGACCCCCGACAACAACACACGAUCAUGGGCCUCAUCGACGCGUGCGAGGCGCGGACCGGCUGGCCGAUGGACAACUUGCGGACCUGCCUGUUCAAGCAGUGGAAGGGCCCCAAAGAAUAG